AUGGAUAAGACACAGCGUCCCCUCCAAUUCCGGAUUGGGUCGCUCAGGACAAAGCUGGUAGAGGAGAGCAGGAUGGCUGUGCCCGGCACGCCACGCUUCCUCCUGACCUUCGACUUGGACGAGACUAUCGUGGACGAAAACAGCGACGACUCCGUCGUGCGCGCCGCGGCGGGCCAGCGGCUGCCUGAGAGCCUGCGUGCCACCUAGCACGAGGGCUUCUACAACGAGUACAUGCAGCACGUCUUCCAGUACCUGGGCGAGCAGGGCGUGCGGCCGCGGGACUUGCACGCCAUCUACGAGGCCAUCCCCCUGUCGCCCGGCACGGGCGAGCUGCUGCAGUUUGUGGCCAAGCAGGGCGCCUGCUUUGAGGUUAUUCUCAUCUCAGACGCCAACACCUUUGGCGUGGAGAGUGCGCUGCGCGCCGCCGGCCACCACGGCCUGUUCUGCCGCAUCUUCAGCAACCCGUCGAGUCCCGGCCCUUGGGGGCUGCUGGCGCUGCGGCCCUUCCACGCGCACAGCUGCGCUCGCUGCCCCGCCAACAUGUGCCAGCACAAGGUGCUCAGCGACUACCUGCGCGAGCGGGCCCACGACGGCGUGCCCUUCGAGCACCUUUUCUACGUGAGCGACGGCGCCAACGACUUCUGCCCCACGGGGCUGCUGGCAGGCGGCGACGUGGCCUUCCCGCUCCACCACUACCCCAUGCACCGCCUUAUGCAGGAGGCGCAGAAGGCCGAGCCCAGCUCCUUCUGCGCCAGGGUGGUGCCCUGGGAAACCUCCACCGAAGUGCGCCUACACCUGCAUCAGGUGCUGAGGACGUGGCCUGCAGGGGCCACCCGGGCGGGGAGGGGGUGGAGCGAGAGCCAUGAUGCUUUAAAGCAGAGCCAGUGGAAACCCAAGGCCCACCUCCCUUUUCUGGAGUUUCAGAGCUGUGAAGGAGGUGAAGGGGCGGAGGUGAGCGAGGUGUCUCACGCUGCCGUCUGGGGGAUGAGGGCGAGGCUGGAGCGGUCUCCGCGCCGCAGGGGCCCGCGCCCCGGGGCAUCGCUAGCUGCCUCUCAGGAGAGGAGACGCCCGCCCCCCGGCGCCCGUGCCUGGAGGGCCGAGAUCUUGCUGCGCCGCGCGGACGCGGCGCCGGCGGGGCGGGUCUUGCUCGGCAUUAGCUGCGGCUCACCUGAGCGUGGCGGCGUUCUGCGCGCUUCCUCCGGAGGAGAGUGUCCCGGAAGUGGGCGUUCCGGCGCCCGUGCCUGGAGCGCCGAGAUCGUGCUGCGCCGUGCGGACGCGGCGCCGGCGGGGCGGGUCUUGCUCGGCAUUGGCUGCGGGUCACCUGAGCGCGGCGGCGGUCUGCGCGCCUCUCGCGGAGGGGCGUGUCCCGGAAGUGGGCGUUCCGGCGCCCGUUCCUGGAGCGCCGAGAUCAUGCUGCGCCGCGCGAAUGCGGCGCCGCCGGGGCGGGUCUUGCUCGGCAUUGGCUGCGGGUCACCUGAGCGCGGCGGCGGUCUGCGUGCCUCUCACGGAUGA